ACUCGCUCUUAAUGUUCGCCGCAUAAGGCCCGGAAUUCCUUGGCCAUUGAGCCAACUGGUCCAGGAUCUACGAACAUGGCAGCCGUGGAGAGGUCGAGGAUAUAUUUCUCAAGUGUUGUACGUUUCUCCGACCGUGAAUCUAUCGCCUGAACACACCAGCAAGCAGAUAAAUAUGGCUGAAACCACAAAUUCUGCUGGAGCUGAUGAUGACAUUGCUCUGGGUGAUAUAACUGAAGACAACAAGUUUCUUCCUGAAGACAGGCAGGAUCCAGAGGCUCUGCUUACCACAUUUCGUGAGGAAUGGCAGCGUGAGUUAGUGGGAGCACCCUCUCAGAAAGGACACUACCAUGCUUCUGUGAGAUCUUCUCCUUCAAGAGCAACAUCACAGGGAGCCUUUCAGGGAUCCCAAAGGCCUCCAGGCCCAGCAAGAGGAAGUCCUAGAGCUGUGCAAAGCAUUCAGAGUCAAGAGACAGUUGGAGGCAGCAGUGGAACUGUUAGUGGUAUUGAAAACAUUGGAAGUGGUGGUAGUGGUAACACAACAGUAAAAGUAGUAACAGUUGGUAGUGGGGGAGGAGUGGAAGAGGAAAUCAGACCCGAUAUAGAAUUAAAGGCAACCGAGUUGUUCAACAAAGCUGUUGAAUUGGAGCAGAGUGGGCAACUGUACGAGGCCAUCCAGUUCUACAGACGAGCUAUGACCCUAGUUCCUGAUAUUGAAUUUAGGGUUCAUCGUAGAAAUAUGCUGGAAAGGAGUGAAGGAUAUCGCGGGACAACUGUUGAAAGUGAAGAUUCUACUCCUGAAGAUGAUCUUGAUGAAGAAGAGCUUCAAGACCUAGUAGUACGAUUCCAAAUGCUUAUGACGCCUACACAGGCAAUGUGUGUACCACUGUUUGACCAAGAGGCUCCUCACAUAUCAUGUCUGCCCCCCGAGAUGCUGGAGCGUAUCAUGUGUUGGGUAGUUGGCAGCGAUUUGGAUAUGCGCUCAUUAGAGCAGGUCUCCAGAGUUUGCCAGGGCUUUUACCUGGUAGCCAGAAAUCCAGAGAUUUGGCACAAAGCCUGCCUCAGGAUUUGGGGGAUCAAUUGUGGAGUAUUGGGUGCAUAUGGAUCAUGGCGAGAGAUGUUCAUUCACCGUCCCCACCCACGCUACAAUGGCUGCUACAUUUCUCGUACAACUUACUUCCGUGCUGGAGAAAGCAGCUUUCAAGAUCAGAACUACCAACCUUGGCACUUAGUCCAUUACUAUCGAUAUCUAAGAUUCUUUCCGAAUGGCAUCGUCACCAUGUUAACUACUUCCGACGAGCCAUCGACUAUUGUUUCUCAGUUACGAACUAGAGAAGUGCGAAAUCCACAGACGCUCAUUGGACAUUAUCGCAUCCAUGGAACUAGCAUCUCGCUGAUGUUUAAGCGUUGGUCUCGUGAAAAGAUGAGCAAUAGGAGGAAAGGUCGCAGAUGUAUUGGAGGAACCACCGACGUUGCAGAGACCAUCUUCCAAAUAGAGUUCGAGAUUCGACCAGCAAAAGAGAGGCCUCACUGGAUGCUAAUGUGGCGGAACUAUACAAUUGUAUCUGUCUAUUACGAUGAUAAGCAAAAUAUGUCACAGAUUGACGUAAGUGAUACAAACAAGUUUCCUUCUUUGGCAUUUUCACGUGUUAAGAGCUACACAAUAUGCAGUGAAAUGCCUCUGAUUUAAGUUCUUUGGCAUAAUGGUAUGUAUUCCCGCGAAACACACACCGAAACUACGACGUUGGUACAACGUUUGAACAAGUUUUAACACCUAACCAGUUAUAACAACCAAUAUAGCAAGUUGUAACAACGUUCUAAUACGUCAUAAACACGUUAAGCCAAGAUGUAACAACUUUAUUACAAAUUGUAACAAGCAGAAGAUACAGACAGUUUCGGUUUGUGUUUCCAGGGCUAUCUUGUAUCUCCUCAAAAGUUACCCUAUUAAGCAAGGUGUUUCAUUGUUAAAUUUAAGGAGAUGACUAAGUUUUCAAUUGAAUUUGGUUUACUAUCCAGUACAUCAUAAUCUUAUUUCCCCACUUCAUGGGGUGGUGAGGAAUUAUUGUUAAAAAUUAUAAAUGUUAUUGUGUUACUUGGCAACAUUAUGAUUAGUACAGGAUACUCUGUGUGUACUUGAUUGAUAGCUUAAAGGAAAAAGAUAGUUUUUCAUAUAUGCAGUAAAAAUUCAAGACCACUUUUCAGUAGCGGUUCUGUCUGAUUGUAAUCCUGUUGCAUUAAGUAAAAAUCUAUUAUUUUAUUACAUUGUACUUUAUUAGAGACAAAUGUUGCAGUUUAGGGCAAAGGGAGGAAAAUGGGCUUACUAUUAACAUCUAUAUAUAUAGUGAAUUAACAUGAACAAAGCAGGAUCAAAUAGCAUUUGAUUCUUGUUAAUUUUUCGCUCUUAUCCCACUCCAAAUUACUGAAGAGCCAAUCCAUAGGCCCUAGACUUGGACUGCAGAAUUAAUUCUAGCAAAAUGAUUUUAUUUAAAAAAUAUAUAAGAAUGUAAUAGUGAAUAGAGGAUGAGCUUGGUUCAAGCUGUCAAUACCAAACAUGGAUGACAACACUAUCUGUGCCACCCCUGGGUGUAGCAUCACCAGAGGGCUACAUUCCUGUUGGUGCCACCCCUGGGGUGCAGCACCACCAGUGGGCUACACCCCUGGUGAUGAGGAAACUUGAGGGUGGCUGUCACCAGCUGAGGGCUACACCCGGGAACAGUAGCACCAGAGGAUGACACCCUAGGCAGUAUCACCCAGGGCAGUUGCCAACACUCCAGCCACAGCUGUUGUCACAAGCUUUUGAUACCCUGUGAAAAAGUAGUCGCAGUGGAAAUGAUUUUAUGAAUGUUUUAUUUGUAUCAUUAUUAUGAAUUUGAUUUACUAAUGUGUAUGUUUGUUACAGGAAUAUCAUUUAAAAAUAAUUAUGGUGUUAAACUCUUGUAAAAAGAAGGGCAGAGCAUUACUGGCUUUACAGUAUAAUGAAAAGUUAGGCGACGUGUGAGUAUGACAGUUCUUCUGGCCUCUGGUGUUACUCCAGCACUUGUUGUUUUCUUGCAUAUAUGUAUAUAAAGAAAACUAAAACAUAUUUCAGCAUAACACAAGAAACCAGGAGCACUGCCAUACUCACAUUCCGAGUGGUGUUUGUGACUUGUGUACAACAAAUAAUUUAAGAGUGCAUAAUGAUUUAUGUAACAUGGCACUGUCUUUUAGUGCCUCAUUUUUAUUAAAACUUGAUUUAUGUCAUGUAUGUUUUUUUAUAACUUUUGUACAUUAAAUUAUGUAUAAUUAAUUGUAUAUAUUGAUAUUGAGAUAAUUUUGAUACCAAAUACAGUAAUGAGGUUCUGCAAAGCAAGAAAAGUCUAACUAGGGUUUUUAGUUUUUUGGGAUGGGCUGAAUGAUGGAUUCUUGAAGCUAACCACACUGAGAUAGCUGCACACUUUAUUAGUCAAAUCAGCCCGGGAAGUCCUUAAUAGGCUACUGAAAACCAGAGACAGAACUGUUCCCCCCCCCCCCCCUCCCCUCCUCCUCUGAGGUACAGUGGUUAGGGGAUUGUUACAAUACAAUCUGGAAACAUUCAGAAAGUUAGCAAAAUAAAACUGACAACUGGCCUGAUACCUUUAGGCCCUGGCAAGCCCUGUGGAUCUUUGGUGUGGCUUGUUAUAACUAGACUGAGCCUGCAAUUACUGCUUCAGAAUUUGAGGGAUGCCCAUCUGUUUUUCUACAUACUGAUAAUCAUUUGUUUUGUCUCCCUCUGCUGCCUGUUAAAGUGGGUAUUACACUAUCCAAAGACCUGCAUAAUUUGGAUUUGCUGGAUCUCAAUUUUUGUUAAAGCUUCCAUCUUUUGGCAUUUGUUUUAUUUUGUAGUGACGAGGCUCCACAAGUAGCGGUCACUUCAGAUUCAUUUGUUAAUUUGUAUUUGCGGCUUGGUGCCCAGGUGGUUGCCCUGUAGUCUGCCCCACUCUCGGUUUUGGAAUUGUAGUGAUUGGCAUUUCUUUUAGUGCUAUGUCCAUUAUUUCUUCUUGCAUUGUCUGGCAUGGUUCAAUGAACUCUUUGUGCCCAUCCCCUUCCCCUUGUGCUCCAGGCUUCAGGAUGUCUGAGGAUAUCAGAGUCAAAGUUGCAGUUCGCUGUGGGGUGUAGCCCUGUCUUCUCUGAGGAUCUCCCCUUCCAUGUCAAUGUUAGAGAUAGUCGAGCUAUUACUUCCUUCUGGCAAUCCAUUAUCAUAAAUUUCUCUAGUCUAGGGAAUGUAUUUGGUUGAGAUCCUUUUAGAGUUUGGGGAUGCCUUCCUAUCUGUUCAGGUAUCAGGUACAGAACUCUGCUUUGUCCCAGACUCUUAAUUUUGGACUUUCUGGGCUGGGGAGGAGCCCAAGGUGGAUCCCUGGGUGCCUUUCACCCUGUCAUUGUCACUGGAUUCCCUCAGAGGGGUAUUUUUUUAAGCUUGGGUGGGGUCAUUCCCUAUGUUUGACCUUCAUUCCUCAUCUGUUCCUCCAUGGGUUUCCUUGUGUGUACUAUUAAGUGUCCUUGGAUGUGUCAUGUUUCAGGAGGAUUCCACUUUCCCAUCUUCUGUGGCUCGGUCAGUCUUUUUCGGUUCCUUCUGCAGGUGCAGGAGUUCUCUUCCCUCAGGGACCCAGCUUCUUUUGGGUUCAGAUUAGCUUCGGCCUUUUGGUUGCUUUUCCAGGUUCCAGUUUCUUUCUGACAACCCUGUUUCCUUGGGUUGUCAGAAAGUUGUCUGGGUUUAGCACAGCUUUUGCCAUACCCAAGUGCUUAAGUAGCAAGUGAAGGACUUGUGGGUGCUCUGUGAGCAGUUGCUUUGGCCUUCUGAAGCCCAGACCACAGUGAUUCAUAGGUUCUGUGUUCAUUUGACAUCUGCUCUGCACUUUUGGGCUGUUCUCCAACCAGCUCCAGGGCAGCUUGGAUGUUUUAACUUAGGUGCUGGGUGUCACAGCCUUGUUUUCCGUAGUAUGGGCUUCGUCGGCUUUGCCCAAAUUGCUCGUUCCUCUUCUUCAGGAGGCGGUGGCUGUCUUUCCUGGCUUAUCUCAUACAUCUUUGCUUUUAGUGGAUUUCCAGGUCUUAGUUUUAACUUUGUCUUUUAAAGCUAUUGUCUAUUUCUUCUAUUUCAUCUUUAUGUUUUCCUGUAGUGGCUGCUUCAGUUUUUCAGCUGCAGCUGCUGCAUUCCAGCCCCCUCAGUCAGAAGGCAGUCUUCCUGGGUUAGGUUCUCGCCUGUGAUUGGUCAAGGUAGGCCUCUGAUGGAGCCCAAUUCUCAGACCUUGGUGCUUCUUGUGGUCUUGGCUUCAUUUGGUUGGCAUUGUUCUUAGGCAUCACAAAAUGGUGCUUUUGCUCUGGGGUUUUCGCACUGGCCCUUUAGGAGUUUCCUGCUUUGACUGUGCUGUAGGGAGACAUCUGGUCCAUUUUGCCAGUUCCUAGUUCCUCAUUGUAUGGGUCUUUUAAAUUGUCUCCCAGGGUCAUCAAUGACAUUAGUCCACUCUUCCUCUUGUAGCUACAGGGGCCUCGAGUCAGGUGUUCUCUCCACAGCUCUCUUCGGUUUUGCCGUCUAAGUUGGAUUCUGGAGUGGUAGAGAUCACUCCCCUUUUUUCAGUAGGUGUCUUGGCUGUUUCUGCUCCCCUGGCCAUACAAGGAACACCUUCAAUCCUUGUUUGACCACAUUAGCUCAUAUCCACCUGUAAACCCAGAUGGAUUCCUGGAUGGUGUUCCUGGUUGACCUCUUCAAGUUGGCAUGGAACCAGUGGUUUCUUUCCUACGUGGCUCCAUUUUCCUAUUGCAUGGCCAUUUUCCUAUUCAUUGUCUUCAGUGGAUGCCUUUUGACCGAACUGAUUGAAAUGAGGGUUUAUUUAUAUUUUCCCUCCAGUUCAGCUAUUACUCCAGGUAUUGUCCAGAUUGGAGCUCUUCACAGGUAGAGUGAUCCUUCUGGCUCUGUAGAAAGAGAGGCUGGCUCAGCCUUUGUUUCUAGCUCUUCUAGCCCAGUGUCCAAACCUGGGUGUUUUUCCACAACUCUCUUUAAGCAAAUGGAUCCGGAGAUGUUCCUUGCUGGUUUGAUCUUCAUGUCUCGACUUUUUUUUUUUUUUUACUGUAGUCUUAUGUAUAUGUUGAACAUGUUUUUGACCUUUGUUGUCUGUUUUGCUGUCCUUUUUGCCAAGCACUAUCCGUGAACGAGCACCCAUUGACACACCCGCAACACCCGCUCACAAAUGUAUUUACUCUUCAAGUUUCUCACCUCAAUUUCCAUUGUACAUCGUUCAAGUUGGUAUCAAAAUGUUCGCAAUAGAAUCCCCUACAGGAGUAUAUACAUACAAGGUCCAAAAGACCGACAUUCCACCUGCACCAAACCCAGAAAUCGGCCGAGCGUUACCCGCGAUCGCCCAAGAGCAAUAUAAUGUCUACUUUUUUCACUUUUGUCGCCUCAAUUCUCAUGCUACGUCUUUCAUUUUUAUAUCAAUUUUUUAGCAAUGGAAUUCCCUACAGGGAUAUAUGCAUACAAGGUAAAAAACCCCGGUGCACCCCUACCCACAGCAAAGCCAAAAGUCGGCCAAGCGUUAUCCAGGAGCGAGCACCCAUUGGCACACCUGCAACACCUGCUCAAAAAUAUAUUUACUCUUAUUAGGUUUCUCACCUCAAUUUUCACCUGAGUUUGCAAUAGAAUGGGAAGUUGUUGGCGCACAUUUUAAAACCAGUUCCAUGAAGAUCAGAUAAAAACUUGAAUUUUAACAAAUAUUUUAAUUUUGGACGUCACCUACGUCCCUAAGGAACAUCCGUAGAGUUAUUUGUAGACGUCAUCACCGUCCUUAAGGAACGAAUGUGUUAACUUGCCGUUUUGGAAAAAAAAUUCCAAAAUUUAUUUUCAAUUAAUUUUAAUUUUCAAAUUACGUUCAUUUUUGGCCAUACGGGCAACCGGCCAGAUUCAGACUUUAUUUGUAAGAGGACAGGUUGCACCUCCAGCCUGCUCCUUCCAAGCCAUCCUGGUCUCUUGAUAAGGCGUUUGAGAACUGAGGAGACGAAAGAAAAACCACCCUUUCCGUCCAUACCAUUUUUCAAAGCUCUGUUCUUGUUGGUCCUUACCUCUGGUUUUUAGGAUGGGAACAUUUUUGCUCUACUGGGGAGAUGGUUGUGUUUGCACCCUUCUUUUCUGGCAAGGAAGGAGUAGGUUGACUUCAGGAGGGGUUCUUUGGUUAUGGAUUCUUGGUUUAUUUGGCACAGGAUGCAUCAUUUGUUGUGUAUGGUUGAGGCAGUUUGUCACUACCCUCACAGCACAUGGGCUGCUCAAGAAGAUGUAUUGUUUGUCAAUUCCUUCUCCAUAGUUCCCAGUUCCAAGACUCAUUUAUCUCAGGUUGUCCCACAGUGUCAUUAAGUUAACCAGCCUGCAGUCUACCUAUGGUCCUUUGAUGUUUAUAAAUCCGUAUCUCUGACUGCCACAUUUUCCACAUUGUCUUGGGCUGAUUUCCUAUCUUUGGGGUCUGACAGGGUCCAGGCAGCUCGGUACCAGGUCAGUGUUCCUGGUCUAUGUUGGGCUUGUGUCUUGUGUUGCUUUGGGUAGAAUUUCCCUUUCUGGUCUUUCCUCUUUGAGGGCGUGAUGCUCUUCUCCUCCCUGGUAUGGUAAGUCAGUUUUCUUCUCCAUACUUAGUAAGCUUCAGGGAGCCACUGUAUGGCACCUCCAGAAAAUCAGCAUUGAAUAUAAUGAAGCAUCUUUUUGGUUGGGCCUCAGUGGCUCCCUGGUCCUUUUCCCUUUUCCAACCAGAUGUGGUGUUUUCCUGGGCUCUGGAUUGAGAAGUGUUGACAUGGGGAGCUGACAGUUCCCAGUGAUACUGCCACCAGUUUGAUAGCAAGAACCUUUCAAACAAGAAAUACUAUACCAGUGAUAUUCAAGACCCCAAGGGUGGAAUAUGGUUGCACAAUAACAGCCUCAUUCAAAGCUGGAGAAAUUGCUGACUAGGAGAACGUGCAAAGAUCUUUUACUGCUGGAAUCCAUUCAAUAAAAAAUCUAAAUUAUUGGGACUGUUUAAAAGUUUUAAAUCUCUAUUCCCUAGAGCAAAAGCUUUAGAAGUGCAUAAUAAUUUACACUGAAAGUAUUAGAGGGACAGGUUCUGAAUCUCUACAUGACAAUGCUACUUGAGACCAGAAGGCAUGGAAGGAAGUGAAAAACAGCCCCUAUUGAAAACAAAGGAAUAGUAGGUAUGCUGAGAGAGAACUAGCAAUAUCAAAGACUGAAGAAUUUUUAUCACUCUCCCUCUAAACAUAAAGAGCAUAGCUGGCCACCUUCUCACUAUGCUCCAAAGAUAAAUUAAUAAUUAUCUCCAAAUCAUCCCUAAUCAACCAGGCUGUAAUUCAUAUGUCAGGCUGCAAACAGCUGUAUCCAAAAGUCUGGCUGUCCAGACCACCAACUAGGAGACUAGGCCACUUGAAUGUUGAUCCUCGGAACCAACACAAGGUAACCACAAGAUAAGUGGCGCUGUAAUUAAGAGAGGUUUACUUCUAACUACUGUGCAUCUAUUGGGUGGAUUGUUUACCGAGUUAUUUUCUGCUUUGUCUUUUUUUUUCUCUUCGAACCUUGCAGUUGUUUGUUCUGCUUCGCUUACUUUCUGGUGCCCCUGUAAGAGGGAUGGAGGGGGGAUCCCUAGUUUCUAGCUCUAAUCAUUGUGAGGACUAGCUAUUGAGGACUUCUAGGACUGGUGUGAUUUGUGAAUGGAGCCAUCUCAAUGCAGUUAGCUUUAGAGAGCCACUAAGGCCCAACCAGAAAUAGGCACUUCACUACAUUCAACACUGGUUUUAUUUUUUGAACAGACUUCAUCUUGUAUAGUGCCUUAGUUGUAUAGACUUUGUUAUCCAAAAUUUAUUUACCUUAAACUAAUUAUUACAGAUAUUUAACAGUUUUCUGUAGUGAUAAAGUAUUUAAUAAGAAACUUACAGUUUUAUGUAAUAUUCUCUCGUACCACAUGUAAACGGUCAAGAAGGAAUAUGGCAAUAAUUUGAGUGAUUAUGUGCAAAAAUUUGGAACUUUCUGUUAUGAAAUUAAUAUUAUUUACAGUAUUAUUAUACUAGGAUUGCUGCAAACAAUUGAUCUCUUCCACUGUAACAUCUAACAUUGUAAAAAAUUUAUGCAUAGCUGGAUGUGAAUCGAUCUCUUUCCUUUCCAAAUUGAAUGGAUCAACUACAAUCCUUUUGCUCAGUACAGUUAAUAACAUGUUUGGAUUUACUCCUGAAAUUUACAUCCGAUUUACAUCUGAAAUGGCACGAGGAAGAACUGCCAAGAGUUUGUGAUGUUGCCGUUAGCUAGCAAGGACACCAGCAUUCUUACACCUGUUGCGUUUCCACUCUCAUACUGACUCGCUUCACACACUUCAAACUAAAAUGCACGAUUUACUUGCCAAAGCAUAAAUAUUUACAAUUAUGGUUUGUUGUAGUGAAUGACGCCCUGGACUAGCACUUGGCCCAAUGUGGCUCUAGUGAAGUUUUUUCUUGGUACAAGGAAAAAAGGUCAACACCUAAACAUUAUGUUCUGCAAAGAAAUAUGCUGCUUAGUACAAAUGAGAGAUUAUAUAUAUAUAUAUAUAUAUAUAUAUAUAUAUAUAUAUAUAUAUAUAUAUAUAUAUAUAUAUAUAUAUAUAUAUAUAUAUAUAUAAAUAUAUAAAAUACAUAUAUAUAUAUAUAUAUAUAAAAUACAUAUAUAUAUAUAUAUAAUAUAUAUAUACACACACAAUAUAGGUUUUUGUUAUGCCUUACAUCAGUUUUGGUUGUUGACAAGAGUAAAUGUAGUAAAUAAGACCUUGAAAAUGAGCAGUGGAAAAAAUAAUACUGCAGUUUGAAUUGUGUUUGUCAAGUAUUCAGUUUCCUACUAAAUUAUAUUGCCAACAUGGGCAAAAAAAAAAAAAAAUUGUAUAGUAUAGUCUUUAUUGCAGGUAAUUAACUGUACCAUUAAUAUACUGUAUGUUAAUAGGAAAAAUAUAUAUAUAUCUUAGU